AUGCAGCAUGAUGGAGGCAACCCAGGAUGCAGAUCCAACGUGGCAUUCUACCCAGACGACGACCUUGUGGUCGCUUGCUUGACCAACAUUAACAUCACCGACCUCCCCUCCAAGCAGUCUUUCUACAUCGCCAAUGGCCUCCUGGGUUUGCACAAGACCGACGACUGGAUCAACGUGACAGCUCUCAAGAGGACCCAGGAAAUGUACGGAAUGGUGGCCAAGUUGUAA